AUGGGUCUAAAGCUAGGUCUUAAUGGAGAUGCAAGCACGUUUGCGAGCGACGGCUACCCUAGCAGUGAAGGAUACGAGGAGAAGGACGCACAGCUGCUCGCAGCUUGGGGCAUCGGUUACUGGAACGUGUGGACAUGGGUCGCUUCGGUCGGCAAUAGUUGGAGAAUGGGCGUUGCCAAUUGGGGCACGUGGGCGGAUGUUGUCAGCAUCGCCAGCACGGCAGGGCCGAUUGCCUUGUACGCGAGCCGCGGUGCUUUCAACGAUUUCGACAUGAUGGCAUACUUUUUUUUCCCUCUCAUGCAGGGCAAAUCUUAUUAUCUCGAUUUGAACACCUUUACAGAUCAUUGGUAA